UGAGUGUGUUGGUGAAGGAAGGCGCGUGCCCUGCCGCAACAUGUUUGAAGAGCUCCUGCAGGCUCCUGCGUUGUCCUCCUUGUUGGGGCUCCUCGCAGGCUUGCUGGUCAUCCACCUUUUGUACUCCAGUUUGACUUUCCAAGGUAAACACACGCAUCCUCCUGGGCCCAGAUGUCUUCCCUUGCUUGGUAACCUGCUUCAGGUGGACCUCUGCAGGCUUGAUCAGUCCCUUUUUAAGCUGUCUAAAAGGUACGGACCGGUGUUCACCCUCCACUUGGGACUCAAGAAGAUUGUGGUCCUGGCUGGAAGCAAGACAGUCAGACAAGCUCUCAUCAACCACCCUGAGGAGUUUGGGGACAGAGAGAUCAACCCUUUAUUCUAUGACUUUUCUAAAGGGCAUGGCAUAGUAUUCACCAAUGGUGAUUCUUGGAAAGAAAUGAGGCGUUUUGCCUUAACAACUCUGAGAGAUUUUGGGAUGGGCAAGAGGCUCAGUGAGGAGAAAAUCAUUGAGGAGUGUCACUACCUGGCUGAGGAGUUUGAAAAACAUGAAGGUAAAGCCUUUGACACCACAACACCUCUUAGCAAUGCAACUUCAAAUAUCAUUUCGGCCAUCAUGUUUGGAAAAAGGUUUGACUACAAAGAUCCAGUCCUCCAUGAUAUGUUGACCAAUGACCAUGAGGCGACCCGUCUGUUUGGAUCACCUUCCAUCCUGAUCUACAAUGUGUUUCCAUGGCUGGGCCGUUGGCUUAAAAACUGGAGGGAUUUAAUGAAAAUCGUGGAGAAUAACAAGCAGCAUUUAUUGCAAUUAAUUAACAGUCUAAAGGAGACUUUCAACCCUGACAUAUGCCGGUGCUUUGUCGAUGCUUUCUGGGCACGUAAGCUAAAUCUGGAGGCUCCUGCGUUGUCCUCCUUGUUGGGGCUCCUCGCAGGCUUGCUGGUCAUCCACCUUUUGUACUCCAGUUUGACUUUCCAGGGUAAACACACGCAUCCUCCUGGGCCCAGAUGUCUUCCCUUGCUUGGUAACCUGCUUCAGGUGGACCUCUGCAGGCUUGAUCAGUCCCUUUUUAAGCUGUCUAAAAGGUACGGGCCGGUGUUCACCCUCCACUUGGGACUCAAGAAGAUUGUGGUCCUGGCUGGAAGCAAGACAGUCAGACAAGCUCUCAUCAACCACCCUGAGGAGUUUGGGGACAGAGAGAUCAACCCUUUAUUCCAUGAUUUCACCAAAGGGCAUGGCAUAAUAUUCUCCAAUGGCGACACCUGGAAGGAAAUGAGGCGUUUUGCUUUGACAACUCUGAGAGAUUUUGGCAUGGGCAAGAGGCUCAGUGAGCAGAAAAUCAUCGAGGAGUGUCACUACCUGACCGAGGAGUUUGAAAAACACGAAGGUAAAGCCUUUGACACCACAACGCCCAUCAGCUAUGCAGCUUCAAAUAUCAUUUCGGCCAUCAUGUUUGGAACAAGGUUUGACUACAAAGAUCCAGUCCUCCAUGAUAUGUUGACCAAUGACCAAGAGACCAUCCGUCUGUCUGGUUCAACUUCCAUCCUGAUCUACAAUGUGUUUCCAUGGCUGGGCCCUUGGCUUCAAAACUGGAGGGAUUUGAUGAGGAAUGUGGAGAAUAACAAGCAGCAUUUAUUGCAAUUAAUUAACAGUCUAAAGGAGACGCUCAAGCCCGACACAUGUCGGUGCUUUGUGGAUGCUUUCUGGACACGUAAGCUAAAUCUGGAGGAGUCUGAUGCCCAGGGGAUGCACUACAAUGAAGGAAACCUGGUCUACAGCGUGAUGAAUCUGUUUGCUGCUGGAACUGACACAACAUCGAACACCCUUCGCUGGAGUCUACUUCUAAUGGCCAAGUACCCUCAAAUACAAGAUCGGGUUCAGGAAGAACUGAGCAGGGUGGUGGGAGUCCGUCAGGUCCAAAUGGAGGACAGAAAGAACCUGCCUUACACGGACGCAGUCAUCCACGAGACGCAGAGGCUCGCCAACAUCGUCCCCAUGUCUAUCACUCACAGCACCAGCAGAGAUGUCACCUUCCAGGGCUACUUCAUCGAAAAGGGGACGACUGUGCUCCCUCUGCUGACAUCUGUCCUCUAUGAUGAGAGUGAGUGGGAGACACCAAACACCUUCAACCCUUCCCACUUCUUGGAUGAGGAGGGUAAAUUCAUCAGGAGGGAUGCCUUCUUGCCCUUCUCUGCAGGCCGUAGGGCUUGUCUAGGUGAAGGUCUGGCUCGGAUGGAGCUCUUCCUCUUCUUCACGCACCUCCUCCAGCACUUCCGAUUCACCCCCGCACCUGGGAUUUCAGAGGACGAGCUGGAUUUGACGCCGGUGGUGGGCUUCACGCUCAGCCCGCCGCCUCACCAGCUGUGCGCUGUGAGUCGCAUCUGAGGAGGAGAUGUUGGUGGAAAAGCAAAAGGAAAAUCUCCUAGCUUAGCACUCACUCUGUCAAUGAUUAGCAUCACAGUGGAGUCUGCCUUGGCUAAAACAUCAAGGACUACAAAUGUUUCUGAUUUACUUCUUCUGGGAAAUGAACAACUGUGUUAAAAUAGUCAAAUGAUGGCUAAGAAUUGCAACAUUUUAAUGACUUUCAAACAAUCCACAGUUAUUUUUGCUUACAGUAUAUCGCAGGGAUCCAAACUUUUACAAAGAAAGAAAGGAUGCGAGGGUCUCUUUGAUGUUUUGUAAAGCAACAAUGCUCAGAAGUUAUAUAUGCGUCAAGCUUUGUGAUACCAGCGGAAAAGGAUAUUAUUAUCUUUAUUAAUAUCUAUUAAAAUCUUCUUGUCAUAUGAUGACUUUAUGACAAUAAGAUUAUGACUUUAUUCACAUUAUACUAUAACUUUUCCCGCAACCUAAUUUUCCAAAAAUUACAACUUUAUUUUGUUCUUUAGGACGUUUUAAAAAAAAUAACAUUUUUUUUCAAUUUCUCUCACUAUGCAACUAAAAAUUGCAUUUUUUUUCUUGUGAGAAUACAACUUUUUUCUCUUAAUAUUUGGACUUUAUUCUUGUAAAAUUUCAGCUGUUUUUUUCAUUUCUUCAGUUUUUUCCUCAACUAUUUAAACUUUUUGUAAAUUUUCUUGUGUUAAAAUUGUCUAAAACUAUGUACACUUAAGUUUUUAAUUUGUGGAUUAUAUCAUAAAUAAAUAAGCUGAUUUUUACUGCAAA